CCGAUUAUUGGGACUCUGCUUUGAAGAUGACGGAUAUUCUGUAGGCGUACAAGUCAGAAACGUAAAGUAAAAAUGGGCCUGUUAAAACUUGGGUUCCCGAACCAACGCUUGCACCUGCUCCACUUUGUCCCAGAGUCUUUCAGUGUCUCAACAUCAAAAUUUUGGGUGCAAAAUUUGACCAACAAUAAGGGUGUUAAACACUCAGCUUUAUCUUCUACUCUCAGGAGCAAACUGAUAAUAGCCAAGGCACUGAGUACAGAAGCAGAGGCAUUAUCACAACCGAAAAAAAUGGUCAAAGCUAUCGGGGUUCAUGAACUUGGCGGACCUGAGGUCCUUAAAUACGAGAAUGUGGAACUUGGGGACCCCAAGGAGGGUGAGAUACGCAUUAAGAACAAAGCCAUUGGACUUAAUUUCAUUGAUAUCUAUUUCCGCAAAGGAGUUUAUAAGGCUGCUACCAUGCCCUUUACGCCAGGUAUGGAGGCUGUUGGAGAGGUGACAGCUGUAGGACCUGGACUAACUGGCAGGAAAGUUGGGGAUGUUGUAGCUUAUGCUGGUAAUCCUAUGGGUUCAUAUGCUGAGGAGCAAAUUCUUCCAGCAGACAAGGUUGUGCCAGUUCCUCCUUCUGUUGACCCUAUUAUCGCUGCAUCCAUCAUGCUGAAGGGUAUGACUGCCCAGUUUCUAGUACGUCGUUGCUUCAAGGUUGAAUCUGGACACACAGUUCUUGUUCAUGCUGCAGCUGGUGGAGUUGGAUCUUUAUUAUGCCAGUGGGCAAAUGCCCUUGGUGCCACUGUCAUCGGAACUGUCUCAACCGAAGAGAAGGCUGCUCAAGCAAAGGAAGAUGGAUGUCACCAUGUCAUAAUAUAUAAGGAAGAGGAUUUUGUUGCCUGUGUCAAUGAGAUAACUUCAGGCAAAGGGGUUGAAGUGGUCUAUGAUUCUGUAGGGAAAGAUACCUUUCAGGGCUCCUUGGCAUGUUUAAAGCCUCGUGGGUAUAUGGUAAGUUUUGGGCAGUCUUCUGGUUCACCAGAUCCAGUUCCAUUGUCUGCACUUGCUGCAAAAUCUUUGUUCUUGACUAGGCCUUCCAUGAUGCAAUACACAUCAACUCGGGAUGAGUUGCUCGAAACUGCUGGGGAGGUGUUUGCUAAUGUUGCAUCUGGCAUCCUGCGGGUUCGUGUGAAUCACAAGUACCCUUUGUCUCAAGCAGCACAGGCUCAUGCAGACCUUGAGAAUCGUAGAACAUCUGGGUCAGUUCUGCUGAUUCCAUGAGGCAUCAGAAGAAAACUCUUUGCUGUACUCUGAUUUUUCUUUGAACUCAGUUUGCAUGAAAAACAAGUUAUGUUGUAACAGGUGGGAUUAUGUGAGAACUUCAACGCCAUAUAUGUAAGUGUACGUUGAAACUGAUGUCCUCUUUGAGGAACUGUCACUAUAUUUUGGUUGCUGCGUUCUUCUCUUUGGGGCAAUUGGGCUAAAUCCCUAGACAAAUGUUGGGUUUAGCUCAGACGACUUAUUAAAUGGGUCAGACGGGAGACGCUCAGUUUUACAGACUGUAGUGUUGAAGAUAAUGCUUGACCGUGUUUUUUCAGUUUGGAUAUAUGUAGUUUUAGUGUGUGUCUGCUGUUUUUUUUCAAAACUGUAACUAUGUCAUGGGAUCAUGGAUGCUUUAUGUUUAGUUUGUUAACUAAUAUUUGUAAACCACGUUUCAGCAGGUGGCUAUGUUCUUUUGUUUUUUUGUUCUAAGUUAUAUGUAAUAUUUAUUAGCUUUCUUCAAUGAA